CUCUCUUCUCUGUCUUUUCGUUUCUUUAUAUUCUCGUGCUUUCCUAAACGAGAAUAUCUAAUUUAGAUGAUUAUCUUUAAUCGUUAGCGCUAAACCAUACUUAUACCGAUCUAAUUUUUGGUCGUAUUUUUGUUUUUUUGGUUAAAUUGAACGUGUUCUUGAGCUCUGAUUUCGAUCGUUUCUGGAACUUUGAGUUACUGGCUUUCAAUCGGGCAAAUCGAUAUAAGUUUCCGAUUUCCUGGUGGAUUUUAGAGAUCUGAACUUUCCUUCUUCUUGGCCGUGAACAGUGAAAACUUUUCAAUUGCAACUGAUAUGUUUGGUUGGUUCUGCAAUUGGACCGAGUUUGUCUUUUUUGUGGGACUUCGGAGCUCUGAUUAUAGGUACACUUUCUUUCUCUCCAUUGAAGAAGAAACAACGAGGUUUUGGAUCGGAUUGACUGUUUGUGAAUUUGCCAGCCUGGGUUGAACUGAAGGAAGACAUGUUGGAGGGUAGGUGCCUGCUUUCGAGGGCAUUUUCGAGCGCAGAAGCCCGGUGGUCUUACAUGAGUUAUCGGUUCGAUGUCACAAACGAGAAGCGCCGCCGGGAAAUUGACGGUGAAGAUGAACGUGAAUGUAGACAGAGGAAGUUGUGCGACCCAUUGGAUUAUCGCGAGAUGAGAGCUGGAACGCCGAGUGAGCUACAGCAAUCCAAUCAUCGCAGUGAAGGGCGAGGAGUAGAGGGAGGAGGAUCCGAUGACCGGAAUGGAGGAGGAGGGGAUUCUUCAGUUUCGGGUUCGCUUAAUGGAGCAGGAGGAGGAGAUUCUUCGGAUUCGGAUUCCCUUAACGGAGAAGAAGAAGAAAGAGGGGACUCUUCGGAUUCGGAUUCCCUUAUCGAUCCCAUUGGCCGAGACAUUUCGAUCAAAUGCCUCAUUCUUUGCUCCAGGUCUGAUUAUGGUUCCAUUGCCUCUUUGAACCGGAGUUUCCGUUCCUUGAUUCGGAGCGGCGACCUGUAUAAGGAGCGCCGCCAGAACAAUGUGAUCGAACACUGGAUUUAUUUUUCGUGCCACCUCCUCGAAUGGGAAGCAUUUGAUCCGAUUCGUCGCAGGUGGAUGCGUUUGCCUAGAAUGACCUCCAAUGAAUGCUUCAUGUGUUCGGAUAAGGAAUCUUUGGCUGUGGGCACCGAGCUUCUUGUAUUUGGUAAGGAGGUGACGUCCCAUGUCAUCUAUAGAUAUAGUAUUUUGACAAACUCAUGGUCUUCUGGAAUGAGAAUGAAUGCUCCGAGAUGCUUAUUUGGGUCUGCCAGUCUUGGGGAGAUCGCAAUUUUAGCAGGUGGGUGCGAUUCAGGUGGAAACAUCUUGAGCUCUGCGGAGCUAUAUAAUUCCGAGACUCAAACGUGGUUAACACUCCCGAGCAUGAAUAAACCCAGGAAGAUGUGCUCCGGGGUGUUCAUGGAUGGGAAGUUUUAUGUUAUUGGGGGAAUAGCGGGAAGCGAUUCAAAGGUUCUAACUUGUGGAGAGGAAUAUAAUUUAGAGACGAAGACUUGGAGAGAAAUUCCUAACAUGUCUCCUGGACGGAUUGGUGCAGCAAGGGAGAACGAGAUGCCUGCUACUGCUGAGGCACCGCCUUUGGUUGCAGUAGUGAAUGAUGAAUUGUAUGCGGCCGAUUACUCGGACAUGGAAGUGAGGAAGUAUGACAAAGAGAGAAAAGAGUGGUAUACAGUGGGGAGAUUGCCUGAACGAGCAGUCUCGAUGAACGGUUGGGGUCUCGCGUUCAGGGCUUGUGGAGAUAAGCUUGUAGUAAUUGGCGGACCUAGGACUUUGGGUGAAGGUUAUAUAGAGCUCAACUCGUGGGUUCCCAGUGAAGGCCCUCCACAGUGGGACUUGCUUGCGAGAAAGCAAUUGGGUAACUUUGUCUAUAACUGUGCUGUGAUGGGAUGCUGAAGAGUUGGAUUUCUGCAGUGCCAUGUUUGCUGUGAUUGUGCCUUGCUCGCAUGGAAGUGCAACAAUUGGUUUGCUCUUCGACACUGGAAUCUCGCUAAUUGGUAAUUUUCCCUCCUUUCUUGUUCAGAUCUUUUACCUUUUUGGCUGAGGGAGGACGGGAAGAAUCUUUGAUUUAACUCAAGAUUCAAUAGAAUGUUUCCUUUGAAGGAGGUCUUGAGUUUUCAAUUUUUUUCUUUCAAUCUUUUUUAAUGUUUUGUUCCAUUGAAUUUAUAUCUUUCCCCAUUUUUAGUGGCAUGAGAAAUCUCAAAGGUUGGCAUCAUGUAGCACAGGAAUAGAUUCAAUAAUUAAACAUACCAACACUUUGGUAGGUUGUCAUCAGUGUUUUUGCUGAAGCUUUUUAAAGAACACAGAAGUAGUAUGUGGGUUUUCAUGAUCCUUUGUUUUCUUCAAGGGAGGAAGUAAGUUCUGAAAGGUCACUUCUCUCAAAAGAAAAAAAAUCUGAAAGGUUCUCAUCUUGUACGUGGCAUAUGUAGUACUUAAUCCCAAUUAUCCUUGCAAUCAAGGGGCUAUCAUCUUUUCAGCUCUCUGUUGAAA